AAUUAGUAUUGUCGAAUGGCUUUUUGGUGUCGUGUGCAAAGUUGAGUGUUGAGUUGAAAAUACGAUGGAAUUUCCGCUUUCUAGAAAAUGCAGACGGUGCACCAUAAUGAUUAAGGGUCGUUUCAUGUUCACCGCUCAUUGUUUUCGUCGUACCACGAGGGACUGCUUUUAUGCCAAUACUUCAAAGUGCUAUAACCUACGUGGGGUAUCAUACGAUGCAAAAGUUACGUGGGUUAAAAUCAUGGACCAUUAUCGUCGUCUUCAGGUGUCUUUCCAAGAAAGGGAGGAGGGAUGCAAGUUGAUUUACUCGUGCUUUGGAACUAUCGCGUGGGAAUACGCGCUUGGACACGCUCGAUGACACGACGAGAGGACGUCGUCUCGGAACGAUGGUAAUUUAUUAGUGUU